AUGUCCACCGUCAACAUGGUCAGAUAUUAUUUCUACAAGGGCAUGCUUCCCAAGACUGAAGAACGUACCACUAGCAUCAACGGCAUACGACAGAAAGAUCCGUUGGGGCAGCACGUCACGCUCUGCUAUAAAGAUGAGAAUCAGCUUCUACAGGGUACUCAUGUGGCUAGCCAUGGCUACGUUAAGGACGAAGUCAGCGUGGAGUUUGUUCAAGCAACGCAUCACCCAGAGAAGCCCGAUUCGGCAAAGAGGCAAAGAGGAACGAAAACCGUAUGGCCAUCGGAAGACCAGCUUGUCGCUGCUCCUGAGAUUGGCUAUGGACAUCUUCCGAGUGAAUAG